AUGGAUUUACCUGAAGAUAAGCCGUAUAUUUUCCAGGGAUUUGUUACCUGGAUGUAUACCGUACAGGUUGGAAGCCUUCAGAUCUCAACUGAAGAGGCCGGAUUCGGUCGCAAUCUUGCUAUCAUUGAGCUUUACAUCUUCGCCGACAAGUACCAGAGUGUGCAGCUUAUGGACUUUGCCAUGGAUUCGCUUCAGGAUUCUCUCAACGACAGCUGUAAUACCCUUACGUUCCGAGAAGUCGAGACAGUCUUUAAAUUCACGAAAUCCAGGCAUUGUCUAAGACACUUUACUGUAGCAAUGAUGGUUUGUACUGUUCUUGACGGCGACAACUAUUUUUCGGCCCAGAAAAUGGGAAAGAUAUUCAAAGAGAUUGAUGGUGCAAUGAUGGAGAUUCUUGAUUAUAUACCUACGCUCCUUUAUAUACAUAUGGGGACCCAUAAAGAUCCUAGAUAUCGUACGGACGAUCCUGAAUGCGAAGAAGAGGGAUUUGAGUUUCACCAACACAAAUUCGAUGAAGAGUGUAACUCGAUACCAAACUAA